AUGGCCGGGAACUGCAGCAGUUUCAGCCCACCUGGCACCGGGGAGAUCAUCCAGCUGAAUGUGGGGGGCACCAGAUUUAGUACAUCAAGACAAACACUUAUGUGGAUCCCAGACUCCUUUUUUUCCAGUCUGCUGAGUGGGAGAAUCUCAACACUACGUGAUGAAACUGGAGCUAUAUUUAUUGAUCGAGAUCCAACUGCUUUUGCACCUAUUCUGAAUUUUCUUCGCACAAAGGAACUUGACUUAAGGGGAGUGAGCCUUAACGUUCUGCGCCCAUGAAGCUGAAUUCUAUGGAAUCACCCCUCUGGUAAGAAGAUUGUUGCUAUGUGAAGAACUGGAACGCUCAUCUUGUGGCUGUGUCUUAUUUCAUGGCUAUUUACCUCCUCCAGCUAUUCCCAGCCGCAAGCUGACAUGUGAAGCUUCAUCUUCUGCUGAGAGUAAAGUCAGCCAGAGACCAUGUGAAGGAGCAGCUCAGAGCGGCACCCUGCAGCCUACACUCUCCGCUAUAGAGGGCAUAGCCAAACUCGGAAUCCCUGUGGAUCCACGGAAAGUACUCAUUGUAGCAGGCCAUCACAACUGGAUUGUUGCUGCCUAUGCUCAUUUUUGUGUGGUUUGCUACAGGAUAAAGGAAUCCUCUGGCUGGCAGCAAGUCUUCUCAAGCCCAUAUCUAGACUGGACCAUUGAAAGGGUGGCCCUUAAUGCAAAGGUAGUCGGAGGGCCCCAUGGAGAUAAAGACAAGAUGGUGGCGGUUGCAUCAGAAAGCAGCAUAAUUCUUUGGAGCAUACAGGAUGGAAGCAGUGGCAGUGAAAUAGGUGUGUUCAAUCUCGGUGUACCUGUAGAUGCGUUGUUCUUCAUCGGUAACCAGUUGGUAGCUACAAGCCACACAGGAAAAGUUGGAGUGUGGAAUGCCGUCACUCAGCAUUGGCAGGUACAGGAUGUUGUCCCUAUCACCAGCUAUGACACAGCUGGCUCCUUUCUGCUUUUGGGGUGCAACAAUGGAUCCAUUUAUUAUAUAGAUAUGCAGAAGUUUCCACUACGCAUGAAAGAUAAUGAUCUGCUAGUGACGGAAUUGUAUCAUGAUCCCUCCAAUGAUGCCAUCACUGCCCUGAGUGUCUACCUCACACCCAAAACCAGUGUCAGUGGAAACUGGAUUGAGAUUGCUUACGGCACAAGCUCGGGAGCGGUGAGGGUGAUUGUGCAACAUCCGGAGACAGUGGGCUCCGGGCCUCAGCUCUUUCAAACGUUUACAGUUCACCGAAGCCCGGUGACAAAGAUCAUGCUGUCAGAGAAGCAUCUCGUAUCAGUUUGUGCUGAUAAUAAUCAUGUCCGAACCUGGACUGUAACUCGCUUCAGAGGGAUGAUCUCCACACAGCCGGGAUCAACUCCACUCGCCUCCUUUAAAAUCCUGUCCCUGGAAGAAACAGAGAGCCAUGGGAGCUACUCUUCAGGCAAUGACAUAGGGCCUUUUGGAGAAAGAGAUGAUCAACAGGUGUUUAUCCAGAAGGUGGUUCCCAUCACUAAUAAGCUGUUUGUGAGGCUUUCUUCAACUGGAAAAAGAAUCUGUGAAAUCCAGGCUGUAGACUGCACUACCAUCACAUGCUUUACUGUACGGGAAUGUGAAGGAUCUAGUCGUAUGGGCUCCAGGCCUCGGCGUUACCUCUUUACUGGACAUUCCAAUGGUAGCAUUCAAAUGUGGGACCUGACCACCGCCAUGGACAUGGUUUUAAAGAUAGAGGACAAAGAUGUCUGUGGUCCGACAGAAGAAGAGCUGUUGAAGUUACUGGAUCAGUGUGAUCUUAGUGCUUCGCGAUGUGCUACGCCAAACAUCAGCCCAGCCACCUCUGUGGUUCACCAAAGUCGCCUUCGUGAUUCCAGUUCCAGUUUACAACUCCACCAUGAAACAAUACAUGAAGCUGCCACAUAUGGCUCAGUGAGGCCUUACCGUGAAAGCCCCCUCUUAGCACGGGCCCGGCGCACAGAGAGCUUCCAUAGUUACAGAGAUUUCCAGUCAUUCAGUUUCAACAAAAACAACUCUGAAAAAGUUGACCUGGAAAACGGAGGUUUGGAGGCGAAGAGCGACCCAAAACCAAAUGACCAAGAGAGCUGCUCUAGUGACAAAAAACCCACAAUUGCUCUGAAAGGAAGCAAGGGUGCCGAGGCUGUUUCAGAUUGCUGCCGUUUGCCUGAUAAUGCUGAUGUCAGGAAGAGGAUCAUAGAGGAGGAAAACGACCCCAAGCCAGAGUCAAAGAGGAGAAGUGGCUUUGAAGGAGCCUUUCUGGGCAGACGUAAAGUAUCACAAGUACCUCAUUUAAGUUCCUCACCUGGGGAUGGCGGAAGUGAAUCUUCUGGUACAGCAUCUCCAUCGCCUACAAAGUCCACCACUUCACCGCGGCGUAAAAAAAGUGAUUCCUCCUGCCAGGACUAUGCAUUGUGA